CUCCCUCGCCGUCUCCGCCGGCGAAAAUCUCCGCCCGCGACGCGACAAGUGCAAGGCGCUCGACCAGCCGCCGCGUCGCCUCGGAUCAUCCUCCGGCCACCUCACUGGCAAUGAGGUGCCCGCCAUAUAUUCGCCGCGGGCGCCUUCGAGAUGCCCCCCGCGCCAGCCGCCCCACCGAAUGUACUCCGUGCUCUCGAGAAUAUACUCCGCGGCGCGCAGCCGUCUCCAGGUACUAAUAGACUCGCUCCCGGCCGGCCGCGAUGGCAGCAGGGACUCGCAUCGCCGCCGCCGCCGCCGGGACGACCGGAGCAGGAGCAGCGGCACCAGCACCCCCAUCAGCACGCCCGCGUCCAUGUACUCCGCGCUCAGCCCGGUGGACACCCACGCCGUCGCCACCGCCGCGGCGGCCAAGCUCGCGAUGGACGCCCCAGCCGCCGGGUCGGCCGCCAUGCCCAUCUCCCUGUCGCCGCUCCUCCCGCCGCCGCAGAUGGUGGUGGUGGCGCUCGACGCCACCCGCGACCACCGCGAGGUGGAGGUCAGGAUGUCGCUCAGGGCGCUCGUGGCCCGGGGCGACAUACUUCGCGGCGGGGACUCCCUCCUCGUGCUCGGCGUUCUCCACUCCGUCACCAAUCCGAUGGGAUACCAAACCAAAGCAUCUAGUGAUUCUUUUGCCGGGACGAGCUUGCGGUACCUAGGUGAUCAGGUUGCGAAGAAAGCUGAAUACUACAAAGACAAGCUCCUCCAGGAUGUGGAGGAGCUUCGCCAAGUGGGGAUUAGUGUGACCCUCAAAGUAUGCCCUGGAUCACCAGCGAAGGUUGUCAUUAUCCAUGAAAUCAAUUCAAGUAAAGCUGCUUGGGUUGUACUAGAUAGGCACUUCAGACGAGAUUUCAAGCACUUCGAAAAGCACAUAGCCUGUAAAGUUGCAGCAUUUCAAGAUAACCUGUCAGUGCAGACCUUGAAGUCAAUUAGAACAAAUCUAUCAAGCAAAAGUAUGGGGGAGAUGAAGGACCUACAAAACUUAGUAGUGUCACUUGAUCUAAGUUCCAAAACACUAGAUACUGACAAGGUCCGUGUGUCGGUCAGGUCAUCGCCUGUAAGUUACUUUGCCUCUCUAACCAAUCAUGAGAUGUACUACACCCCCAGUGUGGUUGGUAGCAGCAUCCAAGACUUCACACCGUCAAUGAGCGUCGCGUCCAUCCCGGUGAUCGAUGAGACUGAAUUCAAUGCAAAAUCUAUUGAAGAUAACAUGAUCGGCCACUACGAUUCAUCAGAAAGACCAGUUCUAUGUGCUGGUUGUGGGCUAAGAUCAGUUCUUUACAUCAAGGAAUCCAUGAAAUAUCCUUUCUCAGAGAUCCAAUCUGCAACAUCUGACUUCUCAAGUGAGAAUUUGGUGGGCGAGGGCGGAUUUGGGCAUGUGUACAAAGGGAAGCUCAAGGAUGGCCAGGUCAUUGCAGCUAAGUUGCGUAAAGAAGCUAGCUCGCAGGGCUAUACCGAGUUCUUCUCUGAAGUGCAAGUGCUCAGCUUUGCCCGGCAUCGGAACAUUGUCAUGUUGCUUGGGUAUUGUUGCAAAGAAAGCUACAACAUCUUGGUGUACGAGUAUAUAUGCAACAACUCUCUUGAGUGGCAUUUAUUUGACAAGGCAGCUGGCUUACUGGAGUGGCACAAGAGGCAUGCUAUUGCCCUUGGUAUAGCAAAGGGGCUGCGCUUCCUGCAUGAAGAGUGUCGUGCCGGUCCAAUAAUUCACCGGGAUUUGCGCCCAAGCAAUGUACUGCUGACACAUGACUUUGUUCCUAUGCUUGGGGAUUUCGGUCUUGCUAAAUGGAAGGCUGUCAAUGCAUCUAUUCAUACAAGGGUUCUGGGGCAAUCAGGGUACUUGGCGCCUGAGUAUGCUGAAUAUGGCAUAGUUUCUGUCAGAACAGAUGUGUAUGCCUUUGGGAUCGUUCUUUUCCAGCUGAUAUCGGGUCGCAAGGUGCUCGAGGAACAUGAAGGACAGUGCACACACAUACUGCAAUGGGCAGAGCCUUUGGUCGAGAGUCUUGCACUGCACGAUCUAAUCGACGAGCGCAUUGCAGAUACAUACGACACGUAUGGGCUGUAUCAUCUAGCCAGAGCAGCGUAUCUCUGUGUCAGGACAAACCCGGAACAGCGGCCUUCAAUGGGGGAGGUUGUCCGUCUUAUCGAGACAGAGAAUGAGCAUAUCAGGGAUUUGUCCCGACAAUUCAUCCCACAUUUCACCAAGUAAGAAAAAUGAGAUACUACGUAGAGCCCUCCCGGAUGAGAUACCUGAGGUUGGCUCUAGACGGGAGCCGAACCCAGGUCAGCAAGGAUGCGCCACUGCGACCUUACCAGUCACAUUUUACGAAGUGAAGAAACAGUCCGAGGAAAUUCCUGAAUACUGAUUUCAUCGCUGAAGUUUCUAUGAUGCUUGAAGAGGGAUAUCUCCGGUUCUCACCGGUGAAAUCGCGACACGCAUGUUACUGUCUGCUCCCCUGUUUUCUCCUUUCUCCUCCCCUUCUGUUUUGUUCUUCCACGCAUAAAAUGGUGUGUACAUAGGGAACGAGUAGUUCCCUUAUUUUUUUCUGCCUUAUGUUUGUAAAUGAAAUGCCGUUCUACCCGGGUUACUUUUUUUGA